ACGAUGGCCGAUCAGACAGAGCUGCGGAUGAAUUUGGUCGCGAUCAAACGGGUCGACCCGUACGCAAAGGACAUCAUCAACUCGUCCGCACACGUCGCACUGUACGUGUUUAACAAUGCGGAGAAUGAGUGGGAAAAGACGGACAUCGAGGGCGCCCUGUUCAUCUACAGCCGCUUCGCCGAACCGUACCACAGCAUUUUCAUCAACAAUCGGCUCAACACCAACUCGCUGGUGGAACCGAUCCGGGGUCAAAUCGAGCUGCAGACGAAGCCACCGUUUCUGCUCUACCGGAACGAGCGGUCCCGUAUUAGAGGGUUCUGGUUUUACAACAAUUCCGAGUGUGAUCGUAUCGGUGAGGUCAUCCAGAAGUUGGUGACGGAUUGCGGCGAUGGUGGUGGUGGCGGACCAGCAAUGAACGGCGGUGGAGGAGAACCCGCAGCACCGCCUGGUAUCUAUCCGGGUACAAUGAACGGUUCCGUCGGUACCGCGGAACCCGAAAGCAACAGUGUGGACAUAUUUACGAUGCUCACGAAAGCGCAGGAAGAUUUCCAAAACAAUGCGACCGUCCCGCCAAACGCGGCCAAAACGAUGGAGCAGCAGCAGCAGCUUCCGGUGAUGAAUCAUCAUUUGGUGAUGAUGCCUAAUCAUCCUGGGGCGGGUAUAGCGAUCCCGCAACAACAGCAUUCACACCAUCAGCAGCAGCAGCAGCAGCCAAUUACGAACCAGAACGCACCCCGCAGUGUGGUCAACUUUUUCGCUGCGGCAAAACAACCGGCCGCAUCGGAAGUUCCGCUGUUUAAAACGCUCGCUCCGGUACAUACGCUGGAGCAGAUCGAAAAGCAGCAUCGUGCCACCACACCCCAAAAGGAACACCCGAACAACGGUAAGGUGACACCGGAUGUGACCGAGCUCGAAAAUAGCUUCAAACGGAUGGGCAUUCCAAUCGUGGCCGGUGCCGGGAACAAUGGCCCACAGACACCGUCAACCGGCAUGCCGGAACUCGGUACCUCACCGCUGGCAACGUUCAUCAAUGCGACCAACCUGUCCGCGGCAAUGCGCGCCAACCAUCAUCAACCGGUCGUACCGAAGACGAAGCUGAUCGAAAUCAGCGAACUAGAAUCACGACAAAGCGCUCAGCAGCAGCAACAACAAACGCCACUACACGAGUUGUUGAAGAAAUCGGAACCCAUCGGUGGGAAUGGAUCUACGGGUGCGACGGUUGUAAAGCCGGCCCUAAUGCCACCAACCAUGUUUAUACCGACCGCAUCGCCUGCUGCGACCCAGGAAGCUUUAAGCAGUCUACUGCUCGGUGCAAGUAGCACACCCAACCCGAACUCUCCGGCCGGUGGCGCAACCAAGCAGCAGCAGGGCAACGGGCACGGAACUCCCGGAGGUCAGCCGAAGGCGGCCAACAUACAGGGCAGUACAACGCUCGGUUCCACGGCCAAGUCACGAUCGGCGGGCGCUAAGCAGCAGCGAGAUGCUCCGUCCAGUGUGGUCACUCCACCGAAAGCCGGUGCUCCCGGGACGGCUAGUUCCAACAAGAUGUUCGAUAUGCUGUCCGAGGCUAAGACUAACAGUAACCUGAUCAACAACAACAGCAGCACGACGGGAGGCGUGGAACCGCUCACGCAAAACCAGCUCAUCCAGGCGGUCAGCUAUUUGAUAAAGCAUGAUCCAGAUUUUGUGCGGAAGUUGCACGAGGCGUACGUUAAAUCUUUCACCGAAAUGAUAUCCAACUAAAGCGGU